CGGUAAGGCCCAAUAUGGAAACGUAGUUAUCUUCGCGUUUUGGCACCAUCCCUCCCAGAUGCCACCAAUCAUUGGGACAAAUUCAAACCCUUGAAAAUUAGGGUUUCAUUAUUUUCUGUUCAAAUUCCAAUUUGUUCCCUUUGAUUUCUCCAUAACUGUAAUUAGAUAUCCAACAAACCACCCAUUAGGGUUUUUGGCAUGUCAAAACAUACAUAUUUUCCGAACCAUACCAAAAAAUUUUAACCUCUGUCAGUCAGGGUUUGCAUUAUUUUGAAUCAAUCUAUCUGUACUCUGGCCGAAAUGGACAACACUGAAGAUGAUGCAAGGUACUCUUCAAACCCCUAUAAUUUAAAUCGCCAGAAAAUCCCUUCAUAUUCUCGUCCAUUAAAAAACCGCUUCCAGUAUGAAGAAGAUGAUGAAGAUGACGAAUUCGAUGCUUACAAUGAAGAAAAAAACGAAGAAGAAGAGUAUGGUGUUGAAUUUGGUGAGACAAAUGGGCAUCGCCACAAUUUCAAAGAAAGCGAGAAUUUUGAGAGAUAUCCAAAACGACAGAAGGUGAGAACCGCAGUUUCUAGUUAUCAAUUCGCUCCACGAAGUGUCAAAUUAUCAUAUGAUUGGAGCGAGCACGAGGCAUUUGUGUUGCUUGAAAUUUGGGGAGAGAGGUUCUUGCAGCUGGGGAGAAAAAGUUUGAGAAGUGAAGAUUGGGUUGAGGUGUCAGAGAAAGUAACAGAAGCGUUAAAGACUGAAAAAACAGAUACCCAAUGUCGGCGAAUGAUGGAUGAACUGAAGCGGAAGUAUAAGAAGGAGAAGGUUAAAGUGGAGCAAAUGGGAGUAAAUUCUAGUAAAUGGGUGUUUUUCAAGAAGAUGGAUAUGUUAAUGGACAUGAGAAGAGAGUGUGGCGGGUUAGCUUGUGGGCUUGAUUCUGGUGAGUUUGUGUUUAUGGAUACUAGGGUUUAUUUGGAUCGGUCUAAUGGAUUUGAUGAAAUGAGGGAUAGUCCGACUGAAUCGGAGCUGGAGGAUGAGGAAGAGGAUGAAAAAAAUGAGGAGUCUUCUGCUUCAUUGAUGAUGCUGGCUGAUUCUGUGAAUAAAUUUGGGGAGAUAUAUGAGAAGAUAGAGAGUAGCAAGAGGGAACAGAUGAUGGAAUUGGAGAGGAUGAGGAUGGACUUUCAUAGGGAGAUGGAGUUGCAGAAGAAGAAAAUUUUGGAGAGGGCGCAGGCUGAGAUUGCAAAAAUCAGGGAAGCUGAUGAUGAUGAGGACAGUCAUGAUGAUGAUGGUGAAGGUGAUUCUAUGGAGAAUCUUAGUGAGUAAUGUUGAAACUGAAGUUCUUGAAGAUAUGAUGCCAUCCAAAUCUCUCAGCUUUGUGAAUGCAGCUACCAGGGAAUUCAUUAAGGUCUUAUGAUUUGUGUAAUGUGAUGGGCAUGGAUGUUUUAUAUCCUUGUUCUAGUGUUCCCCUCAAGAUUGGAAUCUGUGAAAACCUGUGUUUUAUUGGCUAGUACACUCUUUCUAUUGUAAAUGCUUUUCACUUUUGAUACGUUUUCAAGUAACAUCAUUUUUUGGAUA